GCGCUGACAAAAUCUGCAAUUCCGGUAUCUCCUCACUUUCCUUCUCCACUCAAUAGAUAAACCAAACUCAUUUCUUCUUCUACCUUCUUCAACACACACUUUUUCCAUGGCUGAUUCCUCAGCUUAGCAACUCCUUUCUUCCACAAUUCUCUCUCUUUUCCCGCUUAUGGCGUCCACUAUCUGUUUUCCGGCGAAUUUCGCCGGAAUUCGCGACCAAAGGUCGGUUGCUCAGCUAAAUAUUCGUCGCUUUUUUCGUGUUCGUUGCUCCUUGGACACCGAUGUCUCCGAUAUGAGUACUAAUGCUCCGAAAGGGUUGUUUCCCCCAGAACCUGCACUCUACAAAGGCCCAAAGCUAAAGAUAGCAAUCAUCGGAGCAGGACUUGCAGGCAUGUCAACUGCAGUUGAGCUUCUGGAUCAAGGGCAUGAGGUGGAUAUAUAUGAAUCAAGGCCUUUCGUUGGUGGAAAGGUGGGUUCCUUUGUUGACAAACGUGGCAACCACAUCGAAAUGGGACUGCAUGUCUUCUUUGGUUGCUAUAACAAUCUGUUCAGACUGAUGAAAAAGGUAGGUGCAGAAAAAAAUCUUCUUGUCAAGGAUCAUACUCACACCUUUGUGAACAAAGGAGGUGAAAUUGGUGAGCUUGAUUUUCGGUUUCCUGUUGGAGCUCCAAUACAUGGAAUUUGGGCAUUUUUGACUACAAAUCAGCUUCAGACUUAUGACAAAGCAAGAAAUGCAGUGGCUCUUGCUCUAAGUCCAGUUGUACGAGCCCUUGUCGAUCCAGAUGGAGCGAUGCAGGAUAUACGCAAUUUGGAUUCUAUAAGCUUCUCCGAUUGGUUCUUAUCGAAAGGUGGAACACGUGCGAGCAUCCAGAGAAUGUGGGAUCCUGUUGCCUAUGCUCUUGGGUUUAUUGAUUGUGAUAAUAUCAGUGCGCGUUGUAUGCUCACAAUAUUCUCGCUGUUUGCUACAAAGACAGAAGCUUCAUUGCUGCGCAUGCUUAAGGGUUCUCCUGAUGUUUAUCUGAGUGGACCAAUCCGAAAGUAUAUCGAAGAUAAAGGGGGAAGGUUUCAUUUGAGAUGGGGAUGCAGAAAAGUUCUUUAUGAUCGAUCCCCUAAUGGAGAGACAUAUAUUACAGGAAUAGCCAUCUCCAAGGCUACAAACAAGAAAACUGUGAGGGCAGAUGCUUAUGUUGCAGCUUGUGAUGUCCCUGGAAUCAAAAGAUUGUUGCCAGCGGAGUGGAGGGAUUUGGAGUUUUUCAAUAAUAUCUAUGAACUUAUAGGGGUGCCUGUUGUCACUGUGCAACUCAGAUACAAUGGAUGGGUUACUGAAAUGCGGGAUAUACAACAGUCUAGGCAACUGAAGCAAGCAACAGGACUAGACAAUCUUCUCUAUACUCCAGAUGCAGAUUUUUCUUGUUUUGCAGACCUUGCUCUGACAUCUCCAGAAGAUUACUAUAUUGCAGGGCAAGGGUCACUCCUCCAGUGUGUUCUUACACCAGGAGAUCCGUACAUGCCAUUACUGAAUGAAGAAAUUGUAAAGCGAGUUACAGAGCAGGUUUUGAAAUUAUUCCCGUCGUCCCGAGGCUUGGAUGUCAUUUGGUCGUCUGUUGUCAAAAUUGGGCAGUCCUUGUACCGCGAGGGUCCUGGAAAAGAUCCUUUCAGGCCCGACCAAAAGACUCCUGUUAAAAACUUCUUCCUCGCGGGGUCAUACACAAAGCAGGACUACAUAGACAGUAUGGAGGGCGCGACUCUCUCAGGCAGGCAGGCUUCUGCUUACAUAUGUGAUGCUGGAGAAGAGUUGUUUACAUUAAGAGAGCAACUUCCUGCUAUAGAAUCUCUAGAACCUACAUUACCUUCCUCCUCCCAGCUAAGUUUCGUAUGAUUCUUUCACAUCGUUAUCGUUAAUUUUUAGUCCCUAAUUUUUUUACCACCUUCAUGUAUUGUAAUAUUCUGGUGGUAGCCCCUUGUAAUAUGUAUGUGUAUUAAUAUUAUAAACAUGUAAUAGGUGUAAGAAACUUGCAUUUGCUUGAGAUAACAUUAAUAAUACUUGUAAAGUUGUAAAUUUUAUCAA